AUGCGCGAGGAGUCGCCGCCACAAGGAGCCAGCGCCGACGCGAUGGCACCCAGCGGGGAUCCCUCCGCGGUCCGAAGGGGCCGCGGCGGCAUUCCGCUGCCCGAGUCCCCUAAAGAAUCGCUCGCGCGCGCUGCGAACGCGGCGAAGGCGGGCGUCCUGAGCCCGUCAUCGGACUCGCCGAGCAAUCUGAUGCGCACGCCCGUGGGCAGGGUAAAGGCGAUGUCCUCCGUCGACGCGUCCCCGACGUCGUCGACGAAGGGCACGCCGAGGACGCCGCUGAACGUGCUGUCCGGCUCCCCGAACGUAGUCCCGCCGUCCACCGGCGGCGGCGCGAACGCGCUGCUGUACUCCCCGUUCCCCGGCGGCGAAAUCUCGAACGGCGCGUCUCCGGCGUGGAACGUCGCCGACAGGACCCCGGGCCUGAGCGACUCGCUCGUGUCCGAGCAGGCGAACUUCCUCGUGGACGCGAUCGCGAACGAACCCGCGGACGAGGAGAUCAUCCGAGAGCUCAAAAGCGCGCUGAAGGCGAGGCAAGAGAACGAGGCGCUCAGAGAUCACAUCGAGCACCUGAAAAACGGCGAGAUCGACAUGGGCUUGGAAGCGUCCAAGCGCAUGACCGAGCUCUCGAGCGAGUACAUGGAACAGGUGGACAGGCUCACGAAAGAGAAAGACGCCGUGCGCGCGCGCGCGGAGGCCGCGGAGGCGGAGGCGAAGAAACUCGCCAACAUGAUGCGCGCGCACGGGUUCGGGACGCCGCUGCCGUCGACGUCGACGCGUCGCCCGCCAACGCCGUCCGCGCGCGCCGCCGCCGCCGGCGCGGGCGCGACGCCCACGAACGUCGGCGUCUCCCCUGGCGGCGGCGACCCCGCGGCGUGGCUGUUCAACAGCCCGGCGCCGAACGGGCUGCCGCUGGACUGCCUGAACACGCCGCAGGGGUUCGGCGAGACGUUCGCGAUCGACCCGGCAGCGGACGCGGGCGUCGGGGCGCGUCAAAACGCAGCCGCGACCCCCGAGUCCGCGCCGCGGAGCGGCUCGCACGCGCUCGCGGUGCCGAUGACGCCUUCCGGGGACGCCGCGGAGGGCGCCGCGAGAGUCGCGAUGGCGGGCAUGGACCACCCGACGCUGAUCAGGGAAGCGUCGAACCUCGUGGCGGCGAACGUGCGUCUGGAGCGCGAACGCCGCGCGCUCGCGGAGCGCCUCGCGUCGCUCAUGAAACGCAGCCCCGGUCGCGGGUCGAAGGGCGCGAUCCCGGGGACGCCGAUACACGUGCAGACGGUCACGAAGGCGGUGAAUCCGUUCAAGAACGCGGGGUACUCGCCGUCGCCGUUGGGCGCGACGUUCGCGCUGACGCCCGUCGCCGGCGCCGGCGCCGGCGCGGGGGCGGGGGACGAAUCCGCGACCGCCGCGGCCGUGGACGGUACCCCCGAGCUCGGGUGGCGGUCCGUCGCGAGCUCCCCCGCGGACAUCGACGUCAUGGUGGACGUCCCGGAUGCGCCGCCGUCGUGGGACAUGUGCGGCACCGCGUUCGCGGUCGCGCAGUUGUCCGCCGCGAUUGAACGCUCGCAAAGCGCCGCGAAUGAAGCCGCGGCGUCGCUCGAGGCGAUGCGCGCGAUGGACGAGGACGACCAGGGCGGGAAGAGGAAGGGCAAGACGUGGGAGGAAACGAGGGCGACGAAGCGUAAGGAAGCGCACGCCGCCGCGCUCGAAGCGGUGCAAGCCGCGGCGUUGGCGUCCAUGCAGAGGGAGCACCUCACCGAGGUUCUGAAGGUGGAACGAGACAAGGCAAAGUCGGACGCCGCGAGUUCGUUCGCGUCGAUGCAGCGCGAGCUGGCCCGCAACGCCGGGUCCUCUUCUCCGGCGACGACGUCCGCGGCGACGCCGGCGAACGAGACCGCGGUGUCGAUCGGCGACGCGAUCGUCACGCCAGUCGCGGACACCGCGGAAGCGUCCACGAGCACGGGCCCGACGGCGGAGGAACUCGCGGCGGCGAAACGCGCGGAAGCCGCGGAGUCCGAGGUGAGCGAGCUGCGCAGGAAGCUCUCCGCGGCCGCCGCGGCGGCGGACAAAGAGCGCGCGGAGCUGCAGUACGCCGCCGCCGCGCACGAGCGCGACGCGAAGAGACUCGCGACGGAGCUCGAGGCGGCGACGACGGCGGCGGAAAACGCGCACGAGCUCGUCGACCGCGCGCAACGACGCGCCGCGGUCGUCGAGGCGAAACACACGCGGCUGUCUAUCGAGCUCUCCGCAGCGCUGCAGAAGCUUCGCGAGACCGAGUUCGAAGCGCGCGCGGAGACGAGGAAGCUGUCGCUGUCGUUCAAACUCGACCAGCGACGCGCGAGCGGUUCCGGCGGGGCGUUGUCAGACUCUCCGCUCGCGGGCCCAGACGCCGGAAACGCGGCGGAUGCGAUGGACGUCAUCUCGCCGCCUCCGACGCUCGCGCGCGUGAACACGUCGACGCCGUCGCCAUGCGAUAACUCCUCGGACGCGGGCGAGUCCCCGAGCCUGAUCGCGCUCGCGGAUAAGGUGUGCUCUACGAGGACGUCGUUAGCCGCGGCGUUGAAAGCGGCGGAGGACGCCGCGGAAAGCACCGAUGACGGCGACGAGACCGUGGAAUCCGCCGCGGCGAUGGUUAAGGACCUCCGAGCACAGCUCGAGGCGUCCCGUGCGGAGACUUCGGACGCGAUCGCGCGUUUGGAAGCGGCGGAGACGGCCGUCGCGAGCGCGACGCUCGCGGUCGCGGACGCGGAGGCGAAAGCCGCGGCGGCUAUCGCCGAAGCCGAAGCCGCCGCCGCCGACGCGGCCGCGGCGGCGCAUUCCCCGUCGCCGUCGCCGAUCGCGGCGAGGAAGGACUCCAUCGACGCGUCGAAGAUCGACGAAGUCGGCGACGCGCUCGGGAUGGAGAACGCUUCGAACGAGCCCGCGCCGGAGUCCGAGGCGAGACGAAAAGACCUCGCGGAGCUGAGAGAGUCCGCGGCCGCGGCGGAGGCGGCGCUGACGUGGGCGCGUCGCGCGGAAGCCGCCGCGCACGGGGAAGCGGAGACGGAGCGGCAGAAGACCGCGGCCGCGCGCGCGGAGACCGCGUCCGCGCUCGCUUCCUUGGAAUCCGCGCGCGCGGAGCUCGUCGAAGCGCGCGCGGCGACGACGGCGGCGAACGAAAAACUCGCCGAGGUUUCAAACGACGCGAACCAACUCGCGGACGUCACCGAGGGGCUUCGCGCGGAGAUCGACGACGCGCACGCGAAAGAGGCCGCGCUCGUGGGAAGGAUCGAAGAACUCCAAGACGAGCUCGCGGCGGCGGCGAAGGCUGCCGCGGACGAGCGCGCGGCCGCGGAGGCGACGCUCGCGAUCGAGAAGGAGGCGCUGGAGAAGGCGAAACUCGAGCUCGUCGCGUCCGCGGAGAAGGCGCGCUCGCUCGCCGCGCGGAUCGAAGGAUUGGAGACCUCGGAGGCGGCCAUGCGGUCGACGGUCGAGGAGAAGGAGACCGCGCUGCGUGAGGCGACGGAGGAGAACGCGCGAUGCGUCGCGCGUCUCGCGGAGCAGCAGGCUGCGGUCGACGCGGCGGCGGCGGCGGCGGCGGAGCGCGCCGCCGCCGCGUCCAGCGCGGACGCGGACGCGAACGCCGAACGCGAGCGUCUGACGAUCGAGCUCGAGCUCGCGUGCGUGAAGCUCGAGACCGCGCGCGCGGAGACGGAGAAGAUCCAGCACGGGAUGCGCGAGUGGAAAGAGUCGCAAUCGCAGGCGGUGGAGAAGUGGGUCGAGGACGCGAAGCGCAGGACGGAGACGGCGGAGACGGCGGCGGCGGCGGCGACGAAGAGAGCCGCCGCCGCGGAAGCCGCCGCCGCGGCCGCGCUCGCGGAGAAGGAGAACGCGGAGAAGGUCGUCGCCGCGGCCACCGCGGCGUCGUUUGCCGCGGUCAACCCGGCGCAAGUCGAGGCGUUAGUCGCGGAGAACAAGGAGCUCGUGAAGGAGGCGGAGGCGAACGCGUCCAAGUUUGAAAAACUCGAGGAAGAGCGCGAGGUGCUUCGCGAGCGGUGCGAAGCCGCGGAGACGGCCGCCGCGGACGCGCCGCACCUGCGCGCGGAGAACUACGACCUCGCGGUCAAACACCGCGGCGGCCUCCAGCGCUUGCACGAGGAGCUCGCGGCGAGACGCGCGCUGGAAGAGCGCGUGGACGGGUACGAACACGCGACGAAGCGCCUGGAGGGCAUGGUCGCCGAGCUCGAGGUGGCGCUGCGCGAGGCUCGCGAGAUGUGCGUCGCCGCGAAGACGGCGUCGCACGCGGCCGCGGCGGAGCGCGCGGCGUCGGACGCGGCGAAGGAGGCGAGGACGCCGACGAAGGGCGACUUCUCUCGCGGCCCGAGCCCGGGCAGCAGCGGCGGGUCGUCGUCGUCGCCCGCGUCGGACGCGGUGGAGAGCGUCGCCGCCGCCGCCGCCGCGGACGCGGCGAAGGGCGCGAUGCGCGACGCCGUGGAAGCCGCGGAGCGCGAGGCGAGCGCGGCGAGGGAGGACGCGGCGACCGCGCGCGCGGCGCUCAGCGCGAUGAAGAUGGAGAUGGAGUCCCUCCGCGCCGCGUUGGACUCGCGAAGGAGCGACCUCGGGGCGACGCGGAGCGAGUGCGAGUCCCUGCGUUGGAAGGUGCUCGAGAUGGAAGAAGACGCGCGGGUGUCCCCGUCGCCGCGGAAGCCGAUACCGAGCGACAGCCCGUUCGCGUCCGCGCGCACGUUCAGCCGGUUCGGAAAGGAGGCUGCGGAGACGGCGGCGGCGGCGGCGGCGUCCCCCGCGGCGGUCGCCGUCGGCGGGAAGAUCCUCGCGCUGACCCCUCCCGCGGCGGAGACCGAGACGGCGGCGGCGGACGCGACGGCGACGGCGUCGGCGAAGGACAAACUCGAGCGCUUAGAAGCGGACGUCGCCGCCGCGCGCGCGAAGCUCGCCGAUCGCGACGUCGCGCUCGCGAAGGCGAUCACGGAGAUCACGCGGUUGAAAGCGACGCGAGUCUCGAAAGCGAGAGCGGAGCACCUGACGCAGGCGAAGACCGCCGCGGAGGAAGAAGUCGCCGCGAAAAUCGCGGAGCUCACGAGCGAGCGACGGAAAGUUCGCGACCUCCUCGCGGGGAAACGCAAGCUCGAGGAAGCGGCCACGGAGGCGGACGCCGCGCGCGAGCGCGCCGAAUUCUCCGCCGCGGAAGCGAUCGCGGAGGUCGCGGCCGCGCGCGAGGCUGCGGAGACGUCUAAGGCGGCGCAAGCCGCCGCGGAGGCGACGGCGGCGAGGUACGCCCACUGCGCCGCCGCCGCGGAGACGGCGUUCAUCGACGUCCCGCCGAUCGACUUGAACUCGCCGACGCCGCCUUCUUUGGACUUCCUCUCCCCGGUCAAACUAGCGCCGGUGAAGACGGUCGAGCCGUCGAAUCCGUCGACGGAAGACGCGACGACGAACACGACGCCGAAGAAGAUACCCGCGCCGCCGGCGCCGGUGAGGAUCCGCGUCGACGCGGAGGUCGACACCGGGGUCGUAUCGCCCGCGGGCGGGAAGAAGUUCGCCGCCGCGUUGAUGGCGUACACGUCGCGUCUUCGCGACGACGUCUCGAAAGCGGAGGCGGAGGCGGAGGCGCACAAGGCGCACGCGGAACGGAUGCGAAACGAGAUUGCUCGCUUGGCGAAGGACCUGCCGUCGAAACACGGCAAGGGGAAAACCGGCGGGGAAACCGCGGCGGAGAGCGACGCCGUCGUCGUCGCCGCGAAAGCCUCCGCGGCGAAGCUCGAGACGAAGGCGGUGUACUACAAGACGAUCGCGAAGAAGUGCUACCACAGGAUGAAGAAGCAGAAGGAGGCGUACGAGCUUCAGAUCGAGGGGUUGAGAAAGGAGCUCGAGGUGCACAAUCACAGCGCCGUGGCGGAGACAGAUCUUUCUCUCGCGUCGACCGCGGUGGGAGGACCGAGCCCGGGACGGGUGAUCCCGCGCCGGUCGCAGUUCAGGUGA